CAAUAACAACAAUGCUCCCAGCCAUCGCAAAAGGAUCCACGAUCCUCGUGACAGGGUGCAACGGCUUCAUAGGCUCCCACAUCGUAGAUCAACUCCUAAUCCUCGGCUACCAAGUCCGAGGAAGGACUCGAGACCUCCCCAAUAUCAAGCUCCUAAGCGAGCAAUGGGAGAAAAUGCAUGGACGGGGACGAUUCAAAGCAAUUCGCAUCUCUAACAUAGCUGAGGAUGGUGUAUUCGAUGGCCAUCUGGAUGGUAAGUACAAUUCACCCCACUCCCUUGAAAAUCACGAUGCGUUCCCAUCUCCCACAUCCCUCAGGUCUGAGCUGACCUGCACCCAUGGUAGGAAUAUCAGGAAUCAUCCACGUAGCAUCAAACGUAUCAAUGUCCUCAUCUCCCUCUAUCGUAAUCCCAAAAACCAUCGCUGGAUGUCUCAACCUCCUCCGAGCAGCACAGAAAUACCCAGAAAUAAAGUCUUUUGUAUACAAAUCCUCUUCAUUAGCUGCAUCGCCCGUAUAUCCCGAUAUAAAACUCCCCGUCGAUUUCACGAGUUGGAACGAGAUAGCUAUUCGUGAAGCGGAAGAGGAGAACCCGAAGGGUUCGCAUGUGUAUGCGGCGAGUAAAGCUUUGAGUGAACAAACGUUAUGGAAGUUUGUUGAUGAGGAGAAGCCUGGGUUUAGGUUGGUGUUUCUUGAUCGCUUAGAAUCUCUUUACUAAAAUAGUCCUUGGGGCAAGUCAGCUGACCUCGUCGUUUCUAUUUGGAUGAAGAGUAAAUACCAUCCUACCUGACAUGGUGACAGGUCAGAUUCUGGAUAAAUCAAAGGAACCAGCCCACUCAGGGAAUUUCGCUCUAAGAUUAAUGAAAGGGGAGAGAUUAGAUAUUCCUCUAUCUCUAUGUACGUUCCCUUUACACAUGAUUCCCUCACCACACACAUACCAUACUCACAACUCCAUAGACUGGUUCAUAGACGUACAAGAUACUGCACUCCUUCAUAUUGCCGCCCUGCUCAGCCCUAAAAUCGACCAUGAACGUAUUCUGGCUUUUGGCGGCGCUUUUAAUUGGAAGUAAGUCCACACCAGCAUACACAUUUUCAGCCACUAUUUACUAAAGAUUUCAUAGUGAUAUAUUAGAAAUUAUCCGCAAACUACGUCCCUCCCAGCAGGUAGUAGAGAACUAUAUGCCACAACUGCCGCCUGUCUCUACUUCUGCGAGUGAGAGGGGAUUGGAGCUCUUGAGAAGUAUGGGGAAGGAGAGAUGGACAUCUUUAGAGGAGUCUGUGCGGAACAAUCUUGAGGGUUGGUGAUUGGAGUUAUAUCUUGGUCAUGGUUUUUGCUCCGGCCGUCAAGUGUUUUGCGUUGAUGGACAAUAAAGCGAGG